AUGCACAUUCAGGUGCCCCCCGAUACUGCAUCCCUCGGCCUUACCCUCCAAUAUUCACCAAUUGCUUUAGCCGCCAACAUCUGGCACGUACUAGACGUUGCGGCCAAGUCGCCCGCCGACCAGGGCGGCCUCCUCCCGUACAGCGACUACAUACUGGGCAGCCCUGAAGGACCGUUACAUGGCGAGAGUGCCUUGGGCGAGCUUGUGGAGGAUCAUAUUGGCCGGCCGCUGCGACUUUUCGUGUACAAUAACGAAUACAACGUCACGAGAGAGGUCACAAUACAUCCUAGUCGAGGCUGGGGCGGCGAGGGCGCCUUAGGUUGUGUGCUGGGCUACGGCGCGUUGCACCGUCUGCCUGCGCCGUUGAGCGAGCCCGUGAGCGCGCCGGGGGAGACCAUGUUUGACGGUGCCGUCAAUGAGAAGGGCGGCGAGGCUGGGUUCGUUUCUGCAGGCGCAGGCUCCGUACCACCACCUGCUGCCGCAGCCUCAACUGGUGGUGAAUAUCUGGUGCCCGCGCAAAUGGUUGGGUCUGAUCCCAUGAGUGCACCACCGCGUUCGGCGGCCAAGAAAAAGGACAGACAUCAUCCCGCCAACAACAACUUCAUGGAUGAUUACUUCAAGGAGCAAGAAAAGAAGAGUCGAGAGCUGGACAAUGCUCCGUCUGGUAAAGGAUCACCGGCACCACCGCCACCCAAGGCAGGGGGGCCUCCAAAAGCUGCAACUCCUGUACAAGAAGCAGCUGAAUAG